CGCGCCGCCCAGCGCCCGCGGCUGCCGGCGGCGGCGAACCGGCGCGGCCAUGGCGACGGGCGCUCAGCAGAAGGAGAACACGCUGCUGCACCUCUUCGCCGGCGGGUGUGGUGGCACAGUUGGUGCUAUUUUCACUUGUCCACUAGAAGUCAUUAAGACAAGAUUGCAGUCUUCAAGGUUAGCUCUCCGGACCGUCUACUACCCUCAAGUUCAUCUGGGCACCAUUAGCGGAGCUGGAAUGGUGAGACCAACGUCCGUGACCCCUGGACUCCUGCAGGUUCUGAAGUCGAUCUUGGAGAAGGAGGGACCAAAGUCACUUUUCCGAGGCUUGGGUCCAAAUUUGGUUGGAGUUGCACCGUCAAGGGCUGUGUACUUUGCAUGUUACUCCAAAGCCAAAGAACAGUUCAAUGGCGUUUUCGUGCCUAACAGCAACGUCGUGCACGUCUUCUCGGCUGGCUCUGCAGCUUUUAUCACAAAUUCCUUAAUGAAUCCUAUAUGGAUGGUUAAAACCCGGAUGCAGCUAGAACGGAAAGUGAGGGGCUCCAAGCAGAGGAACACACUCCAGUGCGCACGCCACGUCUACCAGACGGAAGGUAUCCGGGGCUUCUAUAGAGGACUGACGGCCUCCUACGCUGGAAUUUCGGAAACUAUCAUCUGUUUUGCUAUUUAUGAAAGUCUGAAGAAGUAUCUGAAAGAAGCUCCCUUAACCUCUUCUGCAAACACAACUGAGAAAAAUUCCACAAACUUUUUUGGACUCAUGGCAGCUGCUGCUCUCUCUAAAGGAUGCGCUUCCUGCAUCGCUUAUCCCCAUGAGGUCAUCCGGACGCGACUGCGGGAGGAGGGCACCAAGUACAAGACCUUCCUGCAGACGGCGCGCCUGGUGUUCCGGGAGGAGGGCUACCUCGCCUUCUACCGGGGGCUCUUUGCCCAGCUCAUCCGGCAGAUCCCCAACACUGCCAUUGUGCUGUCCACCUACGAGCUGAUUGUGUACCUGUUAGAGGACCGAACCCAGUAACAGGCCCAAAAGCCGUGUUCUGCGAGACUCAGAAAGCUCUAGAGAUUUUUUUCCCCAUUGUUGUUUAGAACGUUUGAGACUGAAACUGGCCAUAAAAUCCCUGGCUCAUAUUUCCUGUGGGACAUUUCCUUUUGGAUUCAUGCUUUCUGGAAGGUUUAAAUUCAUUAACGUUAAUAGUUAAUUAUAACUUUUUUUUAACUUAAGAGAAUUCAGAAUUAAGCAGUAACUAAAUUAAAUCAUGCUAUUUAAUUUAAGUCUACACUUUUGGUGGUGUCCUCUCUUAUGCUUGUAGUGCUGUAGACACAAGCAAAGGACUGACCGUGAGACGGGCCCGGGCUCGGGCAAUACAGGGGAA